AUGUCGGAUUUGAAAAGCCCUAGUACUCAUACUCCUACCCCUGGAGUAAGCUCGACUAAAAAUUUUCCGACUAUUGUUCAAGUAUCAAGACCAUAUUUUACAAGUUCAGAGUUGAAAUACUUGCAUGCGUUUACUAUACCAGAACAUAAGAAAUUAACAUAUAAUCAAAGAAAGCACCAGAUAUAUCAAUAUGUGUUUCAAAUUAUUAAGAUUCUAAAAUUUCCUUUAAGAGUAUUGGGGACCACCAUGAAUUACUAUCAAAGAUAUUAUCUUUUCAACAAAUUUGAAGAAUUGAACGAUGGGUCUCAUCAAGAUUUAGAAAAAGAUCCUUAUACAGUCACAUUAGCGUGUUUGUUUAUUGCCUCUAAGAAUGAAGACUGUAUCAAGAAGUUAAAAGAUAUACAAUCGGUAGGAAACAAAUUACGUGAUAUUGAUGAAGAAAAUAAAAUACACAUGCAUUCGUCUUUCGUUGAUGUACAGAGAAAAACUAUAAUGAAUAUUGAGUUUAAGUUACUACAAGUAAUUAAAUUUGACUUCAAGAAUGGUUCAAAUGUUCAAUCGAUCGACCAGCUAGUAGUCAAAUUCUGCAAAAAAUUAGAUAUAGAUUACAAGACCACUAUGCAUAGUUGGUUAAUAAGUUUUGACAUCAUGUCAACUCCGUUAUGCCUAAUGAUUCCUCCACACUGUAUUGCUUUAGCAAUAAUUAUAAUCACGUUAAAUUUAAAACCAAAAGAAUUGCAUACAAAAUACAAUAAGUCAGAGACAGACCUUGCUCCAGAUAAUUUAAAUGAAAUUUUAGAAAGAAUUGACUGUUACAAAGAUUUCAAAUGCCCUGAAACAUUAGUAAACGAGGGCAUACUUUAUAUUUUGGAUUAUUACGUUCACCAGAUGAAUUUUUCCAUUUUAAACAAUUUUAUGCCUACGGUCGAUUUAGAUACUGGAAAAGAACAGAUCUUUAAGUUUAUGGAAUUGAAAUCGAGAUUCAACGAUCUCAAGGUUUUAUCUGAAAAGUCUUGUCUCGAUCCAACUACUCUACGCCAAGAUGAUUAUUUAAAUAUCUGGGAUUACAACGUUGGUGCUAAAGGUUCUGCAAGGUUCAUUUUGGGCAAUAAAAGAAGAAGAUUUAAUUUGGAAUUGGACGAAAGCGACAAAAACAACAAUUCUAAUACAAAUGAUAAUACCGGUACAUCAAUGAAAGUCGAUUCACCAUCUAUUUAA